UCUUUCAGAGAUCAAAAUGAAGAUUAAAAUGAUAUCUCGGAACCCCGACGACUACAUGCGGGAAACAAAGUUCGACGUUCACAAAAUUCCCCGCAACUACAACCCGUCGGAACAUCCGUUUCAAACCGAGAGAGAAUACAUUCGUGCUCUGAACGCGACAAAACUGGAUCGGAUUUUUGCGAAGCCAUUUAUAACUAACUUGUCGGGUCACUGUGAUGGGGUGUACAGAAUGUGCAAACAUCCCUCGUCCUUGACAACAAUCAUUUCAGGGUCAGGGGACGGAGAGAUCAUUUUCUGGAAUCUGGCAACUAGGCAGAAAUUAAGGAUGAUACAGGCGCACAAUGGGAUGGUGAAUGGGAUGAGUUGUUCUCUGAAUGGACAGAUAGUGACCACAGCAGGAGCUGACGGCACUUUGAAACACUGGAAACUGUACAAUGCAGACAUGGACUGUAGUGGCAAGACCCCCAAUGAGGUGAACCUACGGGCGGACGAAGGGGAACAGCCACUGUUCAUGGCCACCACCAAGAUGCCAAUCACGUCUGUCCAUCAUCAGCAGACUAAGGUCAACGCGGGCUACUUCGCAGCAGCAUCUGGACACUUAGUCGAGAUCUGGGAUGUCAACAGGGCCCAGCCGAUGAACACGUUUAAGUGGGAAGUCUCACAGCAGCAUCAUGUCAAGUUCAACAGCACAGAAACGAACCUGCUCGCAUCUCUAGAUUGGGACCAUAAUAUUUUACUCUAUGAUAUCAGAAAGAAUCAUCCGAUUAAGAAGAUGAAGAUGAGGAUGAGUUGCAAUUCACUCUCCUGGAAUCCAAUGGAAGCGUACAUUUUCACGGUCGCAAACGAAGACUACAAUCUUUAUACGUUUGAUCUCAGAAAAAUGGACAGUGCUCUUUUUGUACACAGAGAUCAUGUUUUAGCAGUCAUGGAUGUUGAUUAUAGUCCUACUGGACAAGAAUUUGUAUCUGCUGGCUUCGACAAAAUCAUCAGAAUUUAUGAUAAAGAAAAAAGUUCAAGUAGAGAAGUUUAUCAUACACGUAGAAUGCAAAGGUUACAUUGUGUGCAAUGGUCUUUAGAUGACAGAUACAUAAUAUCAGGAUCAGAUGAAAUGAAUUUGAGAUUGUGGAAAGCCAGAGCUUCAGAAAGGCUCGCAAUAUUACGUCACAAACAGAGGAGCAGCACCGAGUAUCAAGAGAAGUUACGUCAGAAGUUUCAACAUCACCCGCAGAUUAGAAGAAUCUCGAGGCACAGACACGUUCCGAAGUAUGUAAAGUUCCACGCGAAUCAGUUCAGAAUGAUCAAUGCUUCUCAUAAGAAGAAAGAAGAAAACAGAAUGCUUCAUUCUGCACCUGGCACCGUUGAGAGAACUUCAAUGAAGAAGAAAAAUAUUUUGGAGGAGAGCUAAACUAUUCAACUUCAUUAGUUGUCUUAGGUCCUGAUUUGCAUUGUAUAUUGAAUUUGAUUCUUGUUUGAACCA